AUGGAGGCUUUACGUCUUUGGUGUAUUUUGGGUUUAAUUCUAUCGCUUUAUGCCACAUAUGUUGAAAUUAAAUUGCUGGUCAAUAAGGACUAUAAGGCCUUGUGCGAUUUGGCACCGAAGUUAAGUUGUACGGCUGUUUUUAAUUCGCAAUAUGGCAAAAGUUUUGGUUUUCUAAAUAUGUUUUUUGAUGAAAAGACCUCUAAAUGGAAUCCACCUAAUGGUAUUUUUGGAAUCAUUUAUUAUUCUGUGUUAUUGGCAACAACUUUUCUCAAGCGCCCUCAACUUUUGAAAUAUCAAAUAGUAUUCUGUGUUUUAUCUAAUAUAAUGUCUUUAUAUCUGGCAUAUUUACUAUAUAUUUUAGAAAAUAUUUGUGUUGUGUGUGUUACGAUUUAUGUGGUAAACUUUUUAUGUCUUUGGGAAAUGUUGAAAGAUUUCAAUAACUUAUGGUUGCAAAAUCGUUCAAAAAACACAAAAUUUGAAAGUAACAAAAAGGAAUAA